AUCUCCUAAGGACGAAGGAGAACAGAAGGACUGAAGCCGAAAGAAGCUCCCUUUGGUCUCGGGCUCUUUUUAAUUGUGGACAGUACUAUCAUAGGAAUUGCCCAAAAGUUGGACAGUGCAGUUACGCACACGAGAGUGUCUACACGGUGAUUUCUCUUUUUUUUUUUUUUUUUUUUUUCUUGGCGUGUAGAUUUUUGUGAAGCUGUACUGGGUCAUGAUACAAGCGGGCUGAUCAUAGAACUCCGAAGUUUCUACGCUCUCGCUAAAAACCAGCUUUGCAGUGGGGAUUUUUAGAAGCGUUUGGUGUCGCGCAAAGAUCUAAUGACGGCCGAGGUACAGCAGCCAUCAGUGCAGACCCCUGCCCAAAGCAGUCCGAUGUCUGCGCCUGAAAAACCACACGGUCAGUCGUCGGUGAUGGAGACGGCUUCCUCGACCACUAAAACCAAGAAGACAAAUGCUGGAAUUCGUCGUCCCGAAAAACCGCCGUAUUCUUACAUUGCCCUCAUAGUAAUGGCCAUACAAAGCUCGCCUACGAAACGACUAACUCUCAGUGAGAUAUAUCAGUUUCUCCAGAGCCGCUUUCCGUUUUUCAGGGGCUCCUACCAAGGCUGGAAAAAUUCCGUGCGUCACAACUUGUCUUUGAACGAGUGUUUCAUUAAGCUGCCCAAGGGUCUUGGGAGACCAGGAAAGGGCCAUUACUGGACCAUCGACCCCGCCAGUGAGUUCAUGUUCGAGGAGGGUUCUUUUCGUAGGAGACCGCGAGGAUUCAGGCGUAAAUGUCAGGCACUAAAGCCUUCAAUGUACAGUAUGAUGAACGGACUUGGAUUCAAUCAUCUGCCCGAGUCCUAUAACUUCCAGGGGAGCGGCGGAGGACUAUCUUGUCCUCCAAACAGUUUAUCUUUAGAGAGCGGCAUUGGAAUGAUGAAUGGACAUUUAGCCAGCAACAUGGAUGGAAUGGGGUUGGCAGGACAUUCCAUGUCGCAUCUAUCAGCAAACAGUGGACAUUCCUACAUGGGGAACUGUACAGGCUCCUCAGGUAGCGAGUACCCCCACCAUGACAACUCCGCGUCACCACUCCUGACCAGUGGCGGAGUAAUGGAACCACAUCCCGUUUACUCAAGCACAACAUCGGCAUGGGCUCCUGCGCCUUCUGCCUCUCUUAAUAACGGAGCAUCUUACAUCAAACAGCAACCGUUAUCUCCAUGCAACCCUGGAGCAAAUCCUUUGCAACCCAGCUUACCAACACACUCUUUGGACCAGUCAUAUCUACAUCAGAAUGGGCACAGCACUACCGACCUACAAGGUAUUCCACGGUACCACUCCCAGUCCCCAAGCAUGUGUGACAGGAAGGAAUUUGUCUUCUCUUUCAACGCCAUGACAUCGUCAACUAUGCAUUCUCCUGGAAGUGGUUCUUAUUAUCAUCAUCAACAAGUCGCGUAUCAGGACAUCAAACCUUGCGUGAUGUGACAGCACUGGUAAUAAAGAAAUGACAAUUCAACACUGAUAAAAAGCCACUGAUCCCUUCGGCGGCUGUGGGGUUCCGGGAAGAACUCAGGCCUAAAGGAGCACAGCGGGGCUGAAGUGAGGACGCUAGAAAAAUACAUGGAGGUUAAAAUUCUAAAUUCAGUUCCCGAACGAUGGAAACAAUGAUGACAAACUCGGUACAAGUACAUUACAAGAGAGAGUCGGGUACCUAAAUCUUGACUGGUGUUUUCCUGGCACAAAUAGCCUACGGUGAUGAAUCUAAAAUUUAUCAACGCUAUUCCAAGUGCAAAAACUAUUCCAAGUGCAAAAAUGUAUGUACAGAGUAAAUUAGAAACAAACUAUUGUGCAUCUCAACUCCCAACAGCCGCUUGGUACUAACUCUGCUGGCGGAUGACUACCACUUGAGAGUAUGUGACUGUCCUCAAAGAUACAACAGUAGUACAUACACGUUGUCACUAAGGGAACUAGAAUUGUUUUUCAGUGAAAAUUGUAUUGUGUAUUUUUAAUAUUAUUUUCAUUCAGGACGAGUUGUUGGUUGUCUGAGCACAGUCAAUUUAAAGUUUGGUUAAUUAGUGUAAGUCUUUAAAAUCCAUUAGACUAUCAUAAGUAAGGAAAAUUAAGGCACUUUUAAACGUUAAAGCGCAACUUAUUUAUUCUGUUUAUAUUUUGAUUGUACAAUUAUAGCCAUAGUAUUGAACGCUUUAUUGGCAAUAUUUGCCCAGACGCUGUCUUAUUCAGUGUAAACAGAAAAUGAAGGUUAAAUGUAAGCACUGUUAUUUUUUAUGUUUGGUGUUAAUGUUUGUAUAUCCGUAUUGACACGAGUCAUUUUCCAGCACUGUAAAAUGUAUAUGGUGUAGUUAAUAUCUUUUAGUAGGCUUCUUUUCCUGUUUUGAUGUCUUUAGACAUUAGGUUAUAUACGCACGAUUUGUAUAAAAUUGUAUAAAACCAGUAAUGGCAUGCAGUUUGAAUUAAACUGUUCAAAACGUUCAUACA